GUGUGCUCCCCGGAGCCAUACAGAGGGCAUGCGUAUAGCAGUACGUGGCUUUGAGAGGGACAGGCCGGUUUAGUUAAAUGAAGUGAAACAAAACUUGAGGAAGAAGAAGCCUGUUGCGUCAUGAUUUCUACACCCGGAUAAAUAGCUGAAGAAGAACCGUGACACUACUGCUGUAAGUUCAAAUUGAAAUGAGACAGGGAUUGAAGGAAGGCCCCGAAUAGAGUGUUAUAUAGAAGGCAAUAUAGGAAGGGGGAGAGAGAGAGGGAGCAAGCAACAGAGAGGAAGAGAGCCGGAGUAGAAAACAAGACAGGGGAGAAGCCGCUUUCGUUCAGUGCUAAGCCUGUUGGUGUCUUACUGAGGGCUUCCUGCGUCAGCAGCAUGGGAAAAUCAGUCUCAAAGCAGUUUGCUGAGGAGGUGCUGCAAUGCCAUAAUGAGUUCAGGAGGAAGCACCAGGCUCCUCCAAUGAAGCUGAGCAGCAAGUUAAGCAGCCAGGCCACCCGUUAUGCUGAAAGUCUGGCCAGUACACGGAUCCUGAAACACAGUGUGGAGUCCAGUAGAGGGAGCUGUGGAGAGAACCUUGCAUGGGCCUCCUAUGACCAAUCAGGAAAGGAUGUUGCAGACCGCUGGUAUGACGAAGUGAAACAGUACAACUUCAACCGCCCUGGAUUCUCCUCUGCUACUGGCCAUUUCACAGCGAUGGUGUGGAAGAGCAGUAAUAAGCUGGGUGUCGGUAAGGCCACUGCAUCAGACGGGUCUUCCUUUGUUGUGGCCCGAUACUUCCCAGCUGGGAAUAUCACGAACCAGGGACACUUUGAGAACAACGUGCUCCCAGCUAAGACCACCACCUAAUGAUGUAUGGACCCCUAACACUUGACUGUUAUCCGCCUGCACUGCUAUGAAGACUACUCAGGAGAGCACCACUCCUUGCCUAGUAGAGAUCCAUACUGCCGUCGUGUAUGGAUUUUGAAACAUGAAAUGCACUCUGGUUUAAAAUCCACAUUUUUAUUUUGAAAAGGGACCUAUGCACGCUAUAGUGUUUAGAAUAAAGUCAGCACUACUGUUUGACAUUGCUAACAAAACAAUUCCAGUGACCAUUUGCAUUGCCUAUGACAGUAUUUCAUUCAUUAAUGUCAAUACUUUUAUAUUUUCACACACUGAAACACAUCAUAGCCUCACAUGAGGAAGAGUGGGAGCUAAGUCAUUUAAAGGGACAGGCUUCAAGCGUUUACAUUUCAUUGCAUAUAAUUUAAAGCUGAUGAAUCAACAUGUUUAUGUGUUUGUGUUAUUUCCACGACUUAUCAAAGCAGAACCCCACAGUCCAGUGUAUGUGUUUUGUAUUCUAACCAGUUUUGUACAAUAAAGUUGAGAGAUUGUCAGAAAUGCA